GCCCGCUGCCGCUGCCGCUGCUGCCCCGAGGCGACCUGGAGCGACCCGGGCCCGUCCCAGACCCGAACGGAGCUCAGCAGCGUCUGACGUGUGUGGAAGCCCCAGUGUCCUUAGGUUCACGGUGAUCAGUGCCGGCGAGAUGGUGUGAGGUCUGGCGGGCCUUCUCGAUGUGGAUUUAGACAUUAGCCUUAUUGUGUUCCGGAUUUCUGUGAAGGACCCUUGCGUUUACCAUUUUAGGGUAGCAGUCGUUCUCGUGCUGUUAUUCUGUGCUAGUGACUAGUGAAAAGGUCCAGAGUCACAGUGACCGAUACAGAAGUCCUGCACGUCACGGACGAUCGCGGGUCUGACGGUGACCCCCGGCGACUCCCGGUGACCCCAGUGACCUCCGGUGGCCGUAAUUGACCUCUGCCGAGCUGGAGGGGCCCAGGCAGCCGACCAUGGUGACUGACCUGGUGGACAGGGUUGCCGCGCUGCGGCUCACCAAGCUGAAGCCCCGCCGCGGCAAUGUUCGCCUCCUCUGCCUGGUGAUGUUCUAUCUGGUGUUCUUGGUGGUGGGAGCGGCCAUUUUCUCGGCCAUCGAGGCACCGGUGGAGGUGGGACUCAUACGGAGCACGCGCCGCAUGAAGCAGAAGUUCCUGCAGGCCAACCCGUGCGUCACAGAGUCGGCCCUGGAGGACCUCAUCACGGAGGUGGUGCUCGCCAACAACCGCGGCGUAUCGGCCUCCAAGAACAUCUCCACCGGCUCCAACUGGAGCUUCGGCCAGAGCUUCUUCUUCUCGGCCACCGUGGUCACCACCAUCGGUGG